GUCGUCGAAUCGCCGACCGCCUCAACCACCCGUUUUCAACAACCUCUGGUCCGCUUCGCAGCAUAUCGACGGCACCACAGUCCCGCAAAGUAGGGUCCCGAAAUCGUAUCUUGGAGCGCUGUACGUUGCGUAUUGAACAUAUCGGUUCUGCUUCAACAGCCGCCCAAGAUGGAUGCCUCGCUGCAGGACCGCCUGCGCGACCAUGCCAAGGCCUUCGAUGGCCUCUUGAGCCUCAUCCCGGCCAAGAUGUAUUACGGAGAAGACAACAGCAACCAAUGGAACAAGAAGAAGCAGUCCAAAAAGGAGGCCGCCGCCGCGCGCCGCGGAAAACUCGACCCUGACAGCGAACUCAACCGCAACGCUAAGGAGGUAAUGGAUGAGCGGGCCCAGAACAAGCGCAAGCUGCGUGAGAUUGCAGACGAAGACACUGCUACUGCUGCCGACAAGGAUGAGGAUUGGGAGGACUACGAGCCCGUGGAAGGCGUCGAGAUCGAGAAGCCCGGCGAGGGCCUAAAGUUGGCCGCACCCGAGGCCAACAAGAAGCAGAAGCUUAGCGAAGACGACAGCAAGCCCGAGCCCGAAACCACCGACGAGGCGACGUCCUCCAAACUUUCCAAGAAGGAGGAGAAGAGGGCAGCCAAGGAGAAGAAGAAGAAGGAAAAGAAGGAGAAGAAGGCUGAGAAGAAGGCUGAGAAGAAUGCUGAGGAGCCCACCAAGGCUGAGGAGCCCGAGGUUGAGCAAGAGGACACCCCUGUCCCUGCACCUAAAUCCAAGAAGCAAGCCGCCAAGAAGCAAGCAAAGGCCGCCCCAGUAUCAAAGCCCGACGCUGUCGACGAGGACGAGACUGCUCCCGCUACUGAUGACCUGCAACCCAUGGAUAUUUCAGGUCUAGAGAAGGACGAUGAGACCUCAAGUCCUGACUCCGAACCUCACUCUCCUACCUUUGACUCCAACGACUCCUCCACAGCUCCCGCCGACGCUCUCGGCGAAUCCGCCAGCGCCACCACCUCCGUAUCAUCCACCAUCCCCCCCUCCGAGAAACCCAAACACAUUAAGAUUCCCGCCGACACCUCCGCCCUCCGUGCUCGUCUUGCCGCAAAGAUUGAGGCCCUCCGAGCGGCUAGGAAAGCCGACGGACCGGAUGGCAAACCCAUCCGCACACGCCAGGAGCUCAUCGAGUCGCGGCGGCGGAAGCAGGCCCUGCGGAAGGCCAACAAGCAGGAGAUGAGGAAACAGGCCAAGUUGGAGGAGGACAAGAAGCGCGAGGAGGCUCUGGCAUCCACCUCUCCCGCCGUCAUGAGCCCAGCUGUGGAACUGGACGAGAAGUCAAGCAACUUCGCUUUCGGCCGCGUGGCUUUCGGUGAUGGCGCCCAGCUCUCACACGAUCUUAGCUACGUUCUCAGCCAAGGCAAGAAGAAGGGCCCCUCAGACCCCAAGACAGCCCUUAUCAAGGUCCAGAACCAGAAGAAGCGCCUUGAGGAACUCGAGCCCGAGAAGCGAGCCGACAUCGCCGAGAAGGACGUCUGGCUAACAGCCCGCCGCCGUGCCCAGGGCGAGCGCAUCCACGACGACGAGGCCCUGCUCAAGCGCGCUGUCAAGCGUAAGGAGGUGGCCAAGCGCAAGAGCGAGAAGGCCUGGUCAGACCGCACCGAUGGUGUCAAGAUGGCCCAAAAGGAGCGCCAGCGCAAGCGUGAGGAAAACCUCAAGGCGCGCCGUGAUGACAAGCUCCUCCACAGGUCAGGCAAGAAGAAGAAGAAGACGGGUGGCGCCAAGCCCAAGAAGAAGGGCCGUCCGGGUUUCGAGGGCAGCCUGGGUGUCGGUGGACGCAAGAAGUAA